AAGAUCUGUGUCCACCAUGGGAGACGCUUUCAUCAUAGCCAUAGACUUUGGCACUGCCUACAGUGGAUAUGCCUUCAGUAUAACAUCCAGAGAUGAAGAAACUGAUCCCUUUUUAAAAGUUUGGGGUCAAGAGGUUGGACUGGAAACCCCAAAGGCUCCUACCUGCAUCCUAUUCGAUGAACAUGAAGAGUUUGUCAGCUUUGGUUACGAAGCUAAAGAAAUGUAUCUUACAAAAAAGGGUCAUGAAGCCAGGGAGCAGUACUUCUUUAACUGCUUUAAGAUGGCCCUCUAUGGAAAAAAAAUCACCAGGAAUCUGAAGAUUAAAGCAGCUAACGGAAAAGAAAUGACGGCAAUGAAAGUUUUUACAGAAGCACUGAGAUUCCUGAAGGACGACGCUUUACAAUAUAUUGCAACAAACACAGAGGGGAGGAAGUUCACAGCCUCUGAUUUCACCUGGGUGCUGACUGUUCCUGCCAUCUGGGAUCAUUCUGCAAAACAAUUUAUGAGAGAAGCUGCAACUCAGGCAGGUAUUGUGCCCAAAGGAAACUCUGACCAACUAGUCAUUGCCCUGGAACCAGAAGCAGCCUCAGUCUUCUGUAAAAGGCUUCCAUCUGAUGGUUUCAUAGCCGAAAACAGAGGAGAAGACAAACUAGACCAAUCUCCAGGAACUCAGUACAUUAUUGUUGACUGUGGAG